AUGAGGUCACAGCGGGGCCGGGGAUCCAUGGCCAUGUCCUGCUCCCUCCUGCUCCUCCUGCUGCUGCUGCGCCCCCGGGGGGCGGGCGGCUGCCUGCACUGCGACCGGCCCUUCCUGCGGGGGCUGGGGGUGCUGCUGGGGGAGGCGGUGCCCUCUGAAGUGCCCAACCGGGAAGCCCUAAUUCAGCGCCAGGUCCAGGCCUUUGAGCGCCUCUACAGCACUCACCUGCCAGAGAAACACCACCGGGUGCUGGAUGUCCGCGGGAUGCUGGCUGUGAAAGCUGCUCUGAGCAGCUGGCUGAGGGCUCUCAAGGAGACGCCUUGGAAAGGGGUUCACCUGCUGCAGCUGACGCUGGCCCAGCACCGCGACUCCCUGCGAACCCGCCUCCGAGAGGCCCUGGAGAGCUUCGCCGACUUGGCCUGCUCCGAGGACUGCACGGUUACAGAGGGGCCAGUUCUCGACUGCUGGACCUGCCUUCGCAUCAAUGCCCAGUGCUUCGACGGGGAGCUCUGCGGAG